AUGGAGGCAAGUAAGAUCAGUUGUUUAGUAGCUUGUUUCUCAUCUGCAUUGGACAGCGUAGUUCUUUGGUGUUUGAGGAUAACAUUGUCGUUUAAGCCAUUCACGUUGAUUCGACUGUUAUUUGAAGACCUACAUCAAAGGAAUGUUGUGAUUGAAGCGUUGACAACGUCGUUAGGAAAAGCAUUAGAUUCUAAAGAUAUGUUACACAUGGAAGUCCGGUUUCUAGUUUCCUGCAUUAACAGUUAUACUAAAAAGGUGGCCAAUUUAAAAGCCAAAUUACGUGAGGCCGAGUCAAAAUCUGCAGAAACAGAAAAAAAGUUAGAAAUGUCUUCUGAAAAAAUUGAUGGACUGCGCCUAGUAAUCCAGGAUAUGAUGAAACAAGCUCAAACCCAAACUGAGAGAGAAGAGACCCUCAAUCGUCAUGUUCAGGAGCUGGAGGUGUUUGUCAUCGCGCGGACGGAAGAGAAAGAAGAGCUUCUCGAAACCAGUGAAGAAAACAACCAAGAAAUAAGUAGUUUUCAAGCUCAGCUUGAUAAUAUAAUUCAGAGAAUAAAAGCUCUAGACUUAUGCGGCUCAAGCACCAGCUAUGAAAACGAUAUGAUUUCUCCAUUUAAACAGAUAAGCGCGACGCACGCUGCUGAUUAUUUAAGCCAUCCCCAGAAAGAACCAGUUGGUCAAAUCCUUAGGCUUGAGGAAAGGUUGUUAAAGUACUUUCAAGUUGAAGAUAAGGUACAAAAGAAGGUUAAAGAUUUAGAGGAGAAAAACGAAGAACUACUACUCGAGCAAGAAUACCUUCUAGAGACAAUAUCAGAGCAGCACUUGCGAAUCGAAAGAUUGCGGACAAAACUUGAGAAGGAGAGUUCUAACGAGCCAGCUGCCCAUACAAAAACUAUUUUGAGACUGCGCUCUAAAAUAUCUAAACUUAUUAAUAAAACAGUAUUUGAUAAGCAGGUUCUUCAUUAUAAGGAUGUCAAGCUGAACGAAAUGAAAGCUCGGCUAAAGCGUGAAAGUUUUUAUCUUGCUGGUAAAAAAACUAAGCUAUUGAAAGAUUACCAGUCGAAAAUUGAGGCGAUAAGAAAACUAAGGGAUGAAAUCUCAAUUUUGACUUCAUCGCUUAGUGAAAAAGAUAAAGAAAUUCUUUGCCAGAAAAAGUAUCUUAAGAAGAAAGAUAAAAUCAUACAAACAAUGAAGUAUAAUUGUAAAAGUUUACAUAGUUCGUUAGUAAUGAUUCACGCAAAAAUCAAGGAAUCGGAAAAUGUUCUAGACCUCCGAAAGAAAUUAAAGGACGCUCGUAGAAACAACGCCAAGCUAUUAAAGAUAAUUACGAUGUUGAAGACUGAUUUAGAGAUAAACACUUUGAGGCCAAGUAACAUAUGGGAUGAAUAG